GCUUCCUUAAGCCAGACUUAAUAUUGAUAGAAUGAAAAAAUUUAAGAGGAGACUUUCCUUAACCUUGCGGGGAAGCCAGACCAUUGAUGAAUCACUGUCUGAGCUGGCAGAACAAAUGACAAUUGAAGAAAACAGCAGCAAAGAUAACGGUGUGAGUAAUAAUGGAAGGAUCAGCUACGGUAAAGUGCAGCCUAUUGUGAAGAAUGGCAGGCCUCCAACAUCUCACAGCAUGCACUCGUUUCUCCACCAAUACACAGGAUCUUUCAAGAAGCCCCCUUUACGGAGACCACAUAGCGUCAUAGGGGGCAGCCUCGGCUCCUUCAUGGCAAUGCCCAGAAAUGGGAGCAGAUUAGAUAUUGUUCAUGAAAAUCUGAAAAUGGGGUCAGAUGGGGAAAGUGACCAAGCUUCUGGAACGUCAUCUGAUGAAGUUCAGUCUCCCACAGGUGUUUGUCUCAGAAACCGGAUACACAGACGAAUCUCCAUGGAGGAUUUGAACAAGCGCUUGUCCCUGCCCGCUGACAUCAGGAUACCUGAUGUCUACCUUGAAAAGUUGCAGAUCAACAGCCCGCCCUUUGAUCAACCCAUGAGCCGACGUUCUCGUAGAGCAUCACUAUCAGAAAUUGGAUUUGGAAAAAUGGAAACCUAUAUCAAGUUAGAAAAGCUUGGAGAGGGUACUUAUGCAACAGUUUAUAAGGGGAGAAGUAAAUUGACAGAGAACCUGGUAGCUCUGAAAGAAAUACGCCUGGAACACGAAGAAGGAGCACCGUGCACAGCCAUAAGAGAAGUGUCAUUAUUAAAAGAUCUGAAGCAUGCAAAUAUUGUUACAUUACAUGAUAUUGUGCACACAGACAAGUCUUUAACUCUUGUUUUUGAAUACCUGGACAAGGAUCUGAAGCAGUACAUGGACGACUGUGGUAACAUCAUGAGUAUGCACAAUGUAAAGCUAUUUUUAUAUCAGAUUCUUCGUGGUUUGGCAUACUGUCAUAGGAGAAAGGUGUUACAUCGAGAUUUGAAGCCUCAAAAUCUACUCAUUAAUGAGAAAGGAGAACUGAAGCUUGCAGACUUUGGAUUGGCAAGAGCGAAGUCUGUUCCUACGAAGACCUAUUCCAAUGAAGUUGUCACAUUAUGGUACAGACCACCUGAUGUUCUCCUCGGAUCUUCAGAGUAUUCAACUCAAAUUGACAUGUGGGGUGUCGGAUGCAUAUUUUUUGAAAUGGCAUCAGGAAGGCCUCUUUUUCCUGGUUCGACUGUUGAAGAUGAACUGCACUUAAUUUUCAGACUUCUUGGAACUCCGUGUCAAGAAACAUGGCCAGGCAUUUCUUCCAGUGAUGAAUUUAGAAACUACAACUUUCCUAAGUAUAAACCACAACCUCUCAUCAACCAUGCACCAAGGCUAGACACGGAAGGAAUUGAAUUGAUAGCGAAGUUCCUUCAAUAUGAAUCAAAGAAGAGAAUUUCAGCAGAAGAGGCCAUGAAACACGCAUACUUCAGAAGUCUUGGAACAAGAGUACACACUCUGCCUGAAAGUGUUUCAAUAUUCAGUCUAAAAGAGAUUCAAUUGCAAAAAGACCCUGGCUUUCGAAAUUCCACUUACCCAGAGACAGGACAUGGGAAGAACAGAAGGCAGAGCAUGCUUUUUUAAAGUAGGCAGUGCAGAGUCAAGCCCAAGACUAUCCUGUCGAUCAAGGACUCGGAUCCAAAGGCAGUGCUUUCUGUUGGUGGACUUGGAAUCGCAGUUUGUCUACACUGUCCUCUUCACAGUGGAGUCUUUUUAUUUCCAACCUGCAAAUUAUGUUUUUAUAUUUGUUGUCACAGUGUGACAAUUUUUUGUACAGUUGGUUUUAAGGUCUCCUCUGCCACUAGAGCCAGUAGGUUACAGCUGUUGAUGUAACUGUAGCUGCAAUUUUUGUGCAGGACUGAGAAACACAGUGCAUUAUUUAUUGCGGAAUCAUUGCUGCUAAAUAACUACUGUCUGUAUAGUUAACACAACAGUUCCAUGCCUGAAAAAGUUGCAAUGGCUUUAUAAUAUGUGAAUGCAUCUGUUUCUCUUGAUAACAUGUUCUACUGCUGCGGGGUUUUUUUCUAUUUCUUAAACUGCAGUGUUUCCUGGAAUGUAAACUUAGCUUUGCUUGGCUAUAGGUGAGCCAUCUUUAAUGCUCUAAGUUCUUGGCACUUAAUUCCUUAUUUAACAUUGGAAGUAUGUGUUGAAAUAGUUGAAAAAUUAUAAUGCAUAUUAUAUUUUUGAAAAGCACAUGGUGUGAAAGUUGAUUCCAACAAGUGAACAGUAACUAUGAUUUGCUCUCAGAUCCUACGUUAGUUAUUGAUAAGUUAAAGCAUGGAGGCUGGGUGAUAAAUUUUGUCAGGCUUACUCCAGCAUAAAAUAUUUGCACAUUGUUGUGCAUAUGGGGCCUGAAGAAACAAUUAAUUUUUUACCUUAUUUUUAACUUAGAAAUACAGAUAGUAAAAAGAUAAUCCAUAUACAUUGGACCCUGACUUACUUUUCGUUACAGAGGAACAGGACAACUAAUUACAAGAACAUGGGAAUAAUGUCACACUUUUCCCACCUUGUUGCUCUGCCAUUUGUGCAUUAUUCACUUGAAAUCAACUGGAAAGAUGCAAGUUUGUACUUGAUAAGAACUCACUGUGCUACAGAGCUUUUACAGUGGGAACUUAGGGAGUUUUUCAGAUCUUAGAUGUUAUCUGUUUUCCAGAGAUAGUAAACAUAUUACUACUAUGCUUAUGCAUCUCAAUGAGUAUCAUAAGUACACCUUGGUGAUGGUUACAGUAUUUUUAAGCAUUUGUGUUCACCUUUAUGAACCUAUUUGUUUAGUGCAUCUUAAAGAGACUGUAAAUCUUUAUUGGUAUAUUUUGAAAUGUUCAUGUAAAUCUUUGGCUGGUAUAUCAUGAAAAUAGUCAUAGGUAACUUAAUUUUUCCUGACAUUCACUGUAAAACGUUCAGGGGUCCUACCAUUUCUGUUCAGGAAAUCUUGUAGUUUAUUGUUAUUUAACAGUAUUAAGUGAAUUUUUGUAUAUUUCCUUUUAACUUUAUUUGUGAAUAGUGAUUGUGGCAUGUUUGGGGGUGUUUUAUUAAUAUUUCAUUGAUACUGGUAAAUUUGAAUUGGGAUUUUUUUUUAUUUUCUGGAAGAGAGAAAUUCAUGUGUAAUGGUGACUAUUGGACCACUACUGCUUUUCAGCAUUUGUAAACUGGUUUUACGUUAAAUCUUGUAGACCUAACAAACUGCUGUUAUUUCUAACUGACCGACCUGUAUUAAUAUUGUACUUUUGAAAGUAUAAAUAUUAUGUGGAAUUCUUUGGUUUUGUUUUGAAAUUUAUAAUAAGAAAAGCCCUGUGUUGUUAAAAAUACAGACUAAGUGAACUUGCG